CCUUAACUUCAGAAGCUCAUAAGUACUGAAAGGAUUAAGAUUUUUUAAUAGCAGUAAAUUACAAAUCUGUUUAACUUUCUGGAGCCAGUUGAUAUAUAUAAAAAAAAAGUUUUUUCCUGGAAUACUCCUUUAAGUCCCAAUAUGCAGCAAGGGGGAGAAUUAUUUGACCAGUAGGUGUCACUCAAAGCUUACUUUCUAAUUUAGUGUAUUGGACUGCUAAUAGAGAAAGAAUAGUGUAGGAUAUAAUAGAUAUAACUGAGACAAUUCCCAGGUAUAGACUUCCAAUGGCAAACUUCUCUUUUCAGAAGGGAUUAUAGAGGUAAUCGAAAAAACAGGUGUAGUUAGGAAUAACCACAGUUACAAGUCCAUAUCUGCAGUCAGGUAUUAUGGUACAUUAAAUCUCAAUACAGAGUAAAGCAGAAGUCUGUAAUGUGUUCAGAAGCUAGCAAACUGAUUAUAUUACAAAAUCAAGAGAAAUGAGCUUCCGGUAACAGAUUUACUAUACUGUACAUAGCAGGCAUAAAGGGGUUAACUCCUGUGCAGAUUAUUUUCUAUAUUUCUUCAUUGCACAGGUAAGUAAGAAAGAGGUAUAACAAUGAGUUUGGUCAGAGGCUCUUUACUAUAGAGCUCCAAUGUCUGUCCCAAAAACGAUGCAGUGUCCCCACCGUGCUAUGAUGGUGAGGGAAGACGUGGGAGAGCAAAGUGGAGAUUAAUGUGGCAAGAUGGCGGUCCGGAAGUAUCUCCGUUACCCCUGUUAUGGUGGGUAGUUUUGUUAACCGUUCCUGGGGAUGAUCUAAGUCCUUUUAACGUCCCUGGGCAAGGGAUCCAUAUGAAAGAGUGGCUUUUAGUACAGGGAGGAAGCUACUCAAUGUUUAGAAGGGAGUCUGUAUGGUGUGUGGAGGAUAUUCUCCCAUCUGACGGAGCGGGAGCCCCUCGUGCAUGAGUCUCCCACAGAGAGGCCGCUGUUGCAGAGUCUGCCGGCAGGCAAGAGUUGCGGGGCUCCAAGUUUGUGAUGUGAAAGUGAAGAAUAAUGACCAAUACUAUGCAUAACAUGGUCCCGCUUCUACAUCUCAUCCUUAAUGCAGUAAGAAAAAAUGAGCAUUAGCUACAAUGGGACCUGCAGGGGCCGGGCACCUCUGCUCCUUUCUCUGGGGAAGAGAGCCAAGAAGUCUUCAUCAAUCAUGAAGUAUCUCAUCGUCCUAGCCCUUGUGGUUCAAGCUCUAGCUGGUGCAGCUGGCCAGGCUGAAAUACCACCACCCCCUGGAGGUCCACCAUCCAUUGGAUGGCCCCCAGAUGAUAAUUCUUCCAGUUCACCUUCUCCAAAAGAAAGACCACCUGGAGGCCCACAUGGUCUUCAUCCAUCACGCCCACCCACUGGUGAUGCCCAGCCAGCUGAUCAUCAGGAUGUAACUGGACCACCUACACAUGAUAAUUCUACUAGGCCACCUCCUCCAGAAGGUUUAAAGGGCAAUCCAAAACAUCACAGAGAAGUUGGAAGACCACCUAAUGGCGCAAGCCGUGGAGGUGGACACCAUGGUUCAUUUCAUCAUCCCAGAGGACAUGUUCAUUCUUCCAGACCUUCUCAUCCUGGUGGCCAUCAAAAGAAUCACAGACAAGGUGGACGACAACCCAGUAACACAAGACCUAGAGGUCCACCAUAUCAUGAAGAAGGAAGACAGCAUGGAGAUCAAUUUGAUCCAAAGAACCCUUCACACCCACCAGCCAGUGACUACCGAAACAAUCAGCGCAAUAAACCAGGAUUUCCCGCACAUGAUAAGUCACAUGGUUCAGAUAACUAUAAAAGAGAUCACAGUAAAGUUACAGAACCACCACCCACAUCUGGCAAUACUUCAUCAACCAAUGGCUCUAAAACUUCUGAAGGUCCAGCAUCCUCUGAGGGUGUAACAGAGGACAAUAAUGCCAGUAAAGUUACAGAACCACCAACCACAUCUGGCAAUAACUCUCAACCUUCUGAAGGUUCAGCAGCCCCUGACCAGCCAUCUAAUGAGGGUGUAACAGAGGACAAUAAUGCCAGUAAAGUUACAGAACCACCAACCACAUCUGGCAAUAACUCUCAACCUUCUGAAGGUUCAGCAGCCCCUGACCAGCCAUCUACUGAGGGUGUAACAGAGGACAAUAAUACCAGUAAAAUUACAGAACCACCACCUGCAUCUGGCAAUAACCCUGAACCUUCUGAUGGUUCAGCACCCCCUGACCAGCCAUCUAAUGAGGGUGUAACAGAGGACAAUAAUGCCAGUAAAGUUACAGAACCACCAACCACAUCUGGCAAUAACUCUCAACCUUCUGAAGGUUCAGCACCCCCUGACCAGCCAUCUACUGAGGGUGUAACAGAGGACAAUAAUGCCAGUAAAGUUACAGAACCACCACCUGCAUCUGGCAAUAACCCUGAACCUUCUGAUGGUUCAGCACCCCCUGACCAGCCAUCUAAUGAGGGUGUAACAGAGGACAAUAAUGCCAGUAAAGUUACAGAAACACCACCUGCAUCUGGCAAUAACUCUCAACCUUCUGAUGGUUCAGCACCCCCUGACCAGUCAUCUAAUGAGGGUGUAACAGAGGACAAUAAUGCCAGUAAAGUUACAGAACCACCACCUGCAUCUGGCAAUAACCCUGAACCUUCUGAUGGUUCAGCACCCCCUGACCAGUCAUCUAAUGAGGGUGUAACAGAGGACAAUAAUGCCAGUAAAGUUACAGAAACACCACCUGCAUCUGGCAAUAACCCUGAACCUUCUGAUGGUUCAGCACCCCCUGACCAGCCAUCUAAUGAGGGUGUAACAGAGGACAAUAAUGCCAGUAAAGUUACAGAAACACCACCUGCAUCUGGCAAUAACCCUGAACCUUCUGAUGGUUCAGCACCCCCUGACCAGCCAUCUAAUGAGGGUGUAACAGAGAGCAAUCCUGAACAGGAUCCUCCAGAAGCUCCUCAGGUAGAAAACAAUACACAAGCCAACCCUUCAAACCAAACCACAUAGGAAACAAAGACCACAGUCGUUGACAAGAAAGACUAUGACGUUGAAAAGCUUUAUAAUGUCCCCAUAAAUGUAGUUGCAAAAAUUAGCACAGCAUACAAAUAAAAGCAUCAGAAAA